GAAACUAUCGGCCAUCGCUAAAGACAACUAUUAAAUUGAUUAAAUUAAACGCAUUCGAAAACAGCAAGUACAAACAUCGGAGACUGCGAGUGCGUGUGCAAGCGAACAAAACUGGGUGACAUAAACUCCGUGCGGAUUAACAAAAUGAGCAGUGCGGAGCAGGAUAACAACGGAUUAUCCUGAUCCUGGACGCCCAGAGUGCAGUUUUGUGCGUGCGCGAGUGUGUGUGUGUGUGUGUGUGUGUGUGCAGUUCGUGUGCCAGUGACGACAUUGACCCGCCCCCGCCGCCGCCCGCCAUCGCCACGCCCCCCUUUCCCCGUUUCGCUGGGGAAAAUGUGCCAUGCCAUUGUUGUUGUUGUUGUCCGUUUCCAGGCUGAGUUGGGCCGUGGAGCACUAGGCGGUAACUAGGCCACAAGGACAAGCCCAAACCGAGAAUACAGACCAUGUUCAACCGCCAACCGGCGAACGGAGGUGGCGCCAGUGGCCAGUCAGCUCCCGCCCCACCCACAGCUGGAGCUGCAGCUUCUGCUGCUGCUGCUGCUACUUCUGGUGCUACAUCUGCCCCGCCAUCAGGAGCCAUUGCAUCCGGAUCAUGUGGAGGAUCUGGAGCACCGGCCAGCCAAUCGCCCGAUCUCUACCUGCGUCCGCUGCCCUUCCUGGACGCCAAAUGGCUGCGCGCCGAUCUCAUCGCCUCCCUGCGCAACGCCGCCGAUGGGGCAGUGCUCUGGAACCACCUGAUCCAGGACUGCGAGCUGGUGUCCUCGCCAUCGGCGCCGCUCCUCAAUGCCCGCGGCCAGCUGUCCUACCUGGGCGACGAUGGCAAGCACUAUUGCGGCGCCCAGCAGCUCAAGUGCUCCUGCUGCCAGCCCGAGUUCUGCGGCCCACUCUCCGCCUGCAACUGCGACGGCUGCCGGCCGCUGGACUCGGACACGGCCAUCAAGAAGCUCACCACGCAGGCCGCCGCCCAGCAGGCGGCCCAUCUCAGCCAGGCCACCGAUCUGGUGCUGAGCGGCUGGCUCUGGAGCCAGCCGCCAUCGCAGCAGGCGCGCCAGGAGUGCCAGCGCUCCAUGAUCUCCGAGCUGCAGGAGCUGGCCCUGCGCGCCGCCGGCAAUUGCCUGUCCGCCCAGCAUCUCCGGCAGCAGCUGUUCGUCUACGAGCGUUACUUUGUGGCCCUGAAAAGGGAGCGAGAGCGGGAGCGCCAACCGGCGGCAAGCAAACCGGAUGUGGCCAGUAACACUGCCGCCGCCACCACGAGUAGCACCAUCGUGGCCACCAGUAAUGCCACCAGUAACAACACCACCACCACCACCACCAUCAUCACGACCAGCAAGGCUGCGAACAUGGAGCCGCAGCCGACGGAGACGCCGGAGCAUGGUGCUCUGGGUUUGGCCCGUGUGGCCACUCGGGCUGCGCUGAACUUCAGCUUCGCCUUCCUGCGACGCGCCUGGCGCUCCGGCGAGGACACGGAGAUGUGCAGCGAACUGCUGAGCGAGGCACUGGCCUCGCUGCAGGAACUGCCGGAGGCCACGCUCUUCGAUGCGGCCGUCGUCUCGUCGCUAUGGCUAGAGGUCAUGGAGCGGUCCAUCAAGUUCCUGCGCCUGGUGGCGCUCGGCGACCCGAUGGGCGGUCGCUGCACCGCCCCGUUGAACGACCGCCACACGGCGCUGUGCCUGCUGCUGGAGCUGGGCGUGCAGAAGGGCACGCUGGCCGCCACGCUCGAGUGCGUCGUGCUGCUGCUGCUGCUGUGGGAGAAGGAUCGCGCGGGCAACGACAACAGGGACAUGCCGCGCAAGACGGGCGCCCCGCUGCAGCGCAUCCUGCUGCGCUACCAGAAGAUCGGUGCCACGACAGGUGCCAAGGGAGUGGGCGGCAUCGCCGGCGGAGAGCCUGCUCCGGUGGCCAGUGCCACCGAGACCUUCCUGCGCUUUCUCUCGCUGCCCAAGAGCAGUGCGGCCAUUGUGGACCUGCGACGCGCCGCCGUCGUCAUCAUUUCGCACCUGGACCGCCUGGUGCAGCCGCUGAUGCCGCGCUGUCUGCUCCGCACUGGCCACGGCCCCGCCCUCGCCCCCGAUGCCUCGUCGUCCGCCAGUGCGUCGGUACCCCAGCAGCGAGUCUACGCCCUGGGCUGGCCCUCGCUGUCCAAGGACCAGCAGGGAUUCAGCGCCGAGACGACGCUCAGCUGGAGCGGCGAAGCCACGACGGUGCCGACGCUCGCCUGCCGCUUCCAGGUCAAGCAGGUGGCCUGCUGCGAGAGCCAGCUGCUCCUCCUCAGCCAGGAGGGCAAGCUGCACACCUGGCGCCUGGCCAAGCCGGAGGCGGAGCCACUGCCCCUGGAGGAGGUCGCCCACGAGGUGUUCAUCAGCAUUGCCGGCCACUGCGAGGGACGCCACUUCCUGGCCAUCGACAGCAACCACAAUGCCUAUUCCUGGGGCACUGGCGAGGACCACCGCCUGGGCCAUGGGGACACCCACGCGCGCGCCGUGCCCACCAAGAUCGCUGCGUUGGAGCAGCACUGCGUGCAGUCGGUGUACUGCGGAUGCUCCUACAGUGCGGCCAUCACGUGUGGCGGCAACCUGCUCACCUGGGGCCGCGGCACGUACGCCCGUUUGGGCCACGGGAACAGCGACGACCGCAGUUUGCCCACGCUGGUGGUGGCGCUGGCCGAGCACAUGGUGGUGGACGUGGCCCUGGGCAGCGGCGAUGCCCACUCGCUGGCCCUCACCGCCGAGGGACUGGUGUUCGCCUGGGGCGACGGCGACUAUGGCAAGCUGGGCAAUGGCAACUGCAAUGGGAGCCUGCAGCCGAUCCUGGUCGAGUCGCUGCCGCGGGUGCAGCGCGUCUUCGCGGGCUCCCAGUUCUCGGUGGCCUUGAGCCACGAGGGUCAGCUCUUCACCUGGGGCAAGGCCACCUGUUUGGGCCACCAGCUGGUGGAGCGCAGCGUGCAGGGCUGCAGUGUGCCGCGUCUGGUUACCAGUUUGCAGCACAAACGCAUCGUGGACGUGGCCGUGGGUGUGGCCCACUGCCUGGCGCUCUCCAGCAGCGGUGAGGUAUUCGGCUGGGGCCGCAACGACAGCCAGCAGAUCUGUCCCGCCUCCGUGUCCAGCGAACCGCUGCUGCGCAUCCCCAUUCUCGUCGCACUGCCCACGCUCCCGGCCAGCGGCAUUGCCUGCACCAGUGGCCAGAGUCUGGUGUGGACACAGAGUUCGCACCAGGGUGUCCCGCUGCGCGCCCCCUUUGUCAUCGACCUGGGUGAGCCCACGUUCCGGCUGCUCGAUCAGCUGCUGGGCAUGUGCAGCAGCCAGGACAACCGGCAGACGCCCAACCAGGAGAGCGAGUGCAUCGCCGUGGCCUGCCUCAAUCUGGUGCGCCUGCAGCUGCUCGCCCUCAUCGCCAACGGCGUGGAGCCGCGCCAGGUGGGCCUGGCCAGUGGCAGUCGCCUGCUCGGCAGCCUCAAGACCCGCAUUCUGGGACUGGCCGGUGGCAGCCAGGUGCUGCGCACCAUCCAAGUGGCAGCACAGCAGGCACUGCAGGACGGAUGGAGUGUCCUGCUGCCCACAGCAGCGGAGCGUGCCCAGACGCUCACCUCGCUGCUGCCAUCGGAGCCGGGACAGGCGUCCUCCGCCGGGCACCGCUUCAUGACCGACCUGCUGGUCAGCUCGCUGAUGGCCGAGGGCGGCCUGGAGUCGGCACUGCAGCACGCCAUCCGGCUGGAGAGCAGCUCCUGCUCCUCCGCCGACUGCGGCGACGGAGUGCACCUGCCCCUGCUGCAGCUGAUCACGCGGCUGUUGGGCAACAAUGCGGCCCUCUCCCAGACCCGACUGUCGCCCGCUCUGGGCAAGCAUCAUCAGCAGCAGCUGCAGAUGCAGAUGCAGCAAGAGAAGGAGGAGGAGGAGCGCGAGCAGCAUGGCCACAAGCACCAGGAGCCGAGCACUAGUCCCAGUUUGAGUCUGCUGCAUCGCUUCCAGCGCCUGCUGCUGGCCCACAUCCACCAGGCCGAGCCCGAGGAGGAGACCACCGGUGCCGAGGCUCUGCUGCUGCAAUAUCUGCACGCCCUGAUCCCCGCCUGCGUUGCCACCCUGCAGAAGGCCCACGAACUGGCGCUGCAGUGUCGCGAGCAUCCGGCCGAACAUUCGCUGGGGCCGCAGCUGGGCCAGCAAGUGGGCCACCUGGGCCGCAUCCUGCAGGCGGACAUCUCGGACGCCCUGCUGCACGAGUUGCUGGUGGGUUUGGUGCUGCUGAAACGCGAUCGGCCCCAGUGCCUGGGCAAUCUGCGGUGGGCACGGCUCUUCCUGCCGCUGCUCCGCGUCCUGGACCGACUCAAUCGGGCGCUGGGUGAGGGCGAGCUACGCGACGGCGACGACAUGGGCUGGCCCGGCAUAAUCUGCCGUGGCGGACCCAAGGGCCAGGGACCGCCGCCAGCGGACCCGGAGACUCACUAUGUGCGUCGUGCGGACAUGGAGAACCUGCUGCUCGACGGCACACGCUGCAUCAUCUUGGCCGGCUACGUGUGCGAUCUGACGGGAUACAGCUGCGAGUCGGACACACUGCGCAGCAUUUUGGACUCGGGCAUGGGCAAGGAUCUCACGGCCGAGUUGGGUGGCCAGGCGGCGCUCAGGAGCGCCAUGGAGCACAUCCUGCAGCACCACAAGCUGGGCAAGUACAUGGCCCAGGCUAGCACCGAAGAGAAGUCAUCGGCGCCGGGACCCAGUCGACUGACCCACUUCAGCUCGGAGUGCGCCUUGGCGCAGCUGCUGGGUCUGGUGGCCAACCUGAUGUGCAGCGGACCGGCCCUGCAGCCGGCGGAGCUGCAGUGCCGCCAGCUGGACAAGUCCAGCUUGCUGAGCGGCGGUCUGCAGCUGCUGCAGCCGAGCAAUCCGUUCGACGAGGAGAAGGGCGAGGCGAGGAGCAGCCACAGUUGCCACAGCACGGCGGGCAACACGCCCACGGAGCAGCCGCCGCCGCUGCCGCUGCAGCAGCAGAUGCAGCAGCAGCUGGCCGCCGGACGCAGCAAGUCGCAGCUGCAGCAGCGGGCCGACGCCUUUGUCGCCGGUUUGGCGGAGGCCAGGCUCCUGGAGCCGCCGGUGGCCGCCUGGCUGGCGCUCACCGAACGCUACUGCAAGGCCCACAACCUGAUGUGGCACCAGGAGUUCUCCACGGAGCAUCCCGUCCAGGAGCUGGAGCGUCUGCUCAGCGCCGUGCUCAUCCGGCACCAGUACUUGGGCGGACUGGUACUCAGCGCCCUCGAAGCGGAGUCGUCGUCGUCGUCGACGUCGUCGUCGUCGUCGUCGUCCCCGCCUCGCCAGCUGGCCGAGAUCAUACGGCUGGUGCACCAGGCCAAGUGGUCGGUGGUGCGCACGCGGCAGCAGCUCAACCGCAGCUACAAGGAGGUCUGCGCCCCCAUCCUGGAGCGGCUGCGCUUCCUGCUCUACGAGGUGCGCCCCGCAAUCAGUCCGCAGCAGCGUGGACUGCGCCGUCUGCCCAUCCUGCAGCGACCGCCGCGAUUCCGGCUGCUGGUGCGUCGCCUGCUGCAGGAGUUGCGCUCCGCGCGACAGCCAGCCAAACCAGCUAAACCGGAGGAUCUGGUCAAUGCCUCAAUUCAGCAGGAACAGGAAAAGAAGCCGCCGCAGCCGCAGCCACAGCCGCAGCCGCAACCCAAGCUGCAGUUGGAGGUGGAGGAGGAGGAGCAGAAGCAGCAGCAGGAGGAGGAGGAGGAGACGCUGCUGCGGCGGCUCAACGAGCGGCAGAUCCACGGCGAGGGCGAAUUGGAGCCGGCCCUCAUGCAGGACAUCGUGGACUUUGCCCUGCAGGACAGCUGCGACGUGGAGACGGCCCGCCGGGCCAUGUACUGCCAGAUGCAGCGCUACCAACUGCGUCUGGCCGGUCUACAGCUGGUCCAGCAGCUGCUCGAGCUGCACGGCCUGCUGGACGCAGCCCAAUACAGUCUGCUGAACGGCUUCCUGGGCCUGCAUCUAAAGUCCACGGGCGGAUCGAACGGAUCCGGUAGCUCGCUACAUGUCCUGGGGCAGCUGAACAUGAUCAGUGCCUAUCAGAAGGCCCGACUGCUGCUGGCCCAGGCCCGCGUCCUCGACUGGGCGGUACGCGAACUGCGUCGCCUGGUCAACCAGGAGCAGCAGGGUCAUGCCCGCGGCAAGGACAGCACCAAUCUGGGCACCUAUGUGCUGCUCAAGCGCCUGCCGCGCGCCCGCUUCCUGCUGAGCGUGUUCGGGCUGCUGGCCAAGGAGCUGGGCCCCAACGAACUGGGCCUAUUGAUCAACUCCGGCCUGCUGGGCACCGUGCUGGGCCUGUUGUCGCAGACGGGCGGCGAGGGCGUGGCCGGCGGCCAGGUGCACGGCGAACUGAGCGUCCUCUACGAGGACAGCGUGCUGAAGCAGAAGUCCAGCAAGGCGCAGCUCAGUGGGCCCGAUCUGGCCAAGCUCAUGAAGAUCGGCACACGGAUUGUGCGCGGAGCGGACUGGAAGUGGGGCGACCAGGAUGGCAAUCCGCCCGGCGAGGGACGCAUCAUCAGCGAGGUGGGCGAGGAUGGCUGGGUGCGUGUGGAGUGGUACACGGGAGCCACCAACUCCUAUCGCAUGGGCAAGGAGGGCCAGUACGACCUGCAGCUGGCCGACAGUGCCCUCAACGUGGCCUCGCCCACGGAGCCGGAACGCGAGGAUGUCGCCGGCAGCGAGGCCUCGCCCACCAGCGAUUCGCAUCCAUCCAAGCUGCUGCGCCACUGCGCCGCCAAGCUGCUCCAGAUCCUCGCCGUGGGCACCGGCCUGCACGGCGACCAGCUGGACAAGCACGCCCUGCGCGGCAUGACCAGCAUGUUCCGAGCCAUCGUCUAUCCCAAGCCAUCGAUGACCGGCAUCUCCCACUCGCUAAGCUGGCUCAAUCUGGGCUUCAUCCGAGCCAUAUCGGGCGACUGUCCGCGUCUGUGCCUGGAGCUGAGCACCCCCGGCUGGCUGGGCCACUACCUGUCGCUGCUGGAGCAGCCGGCGGGCAGCGAGGCGGGCGUGUACCGGCAGCUGCACUGCCUGCGCCUGCUGCAGUUCAUCCUGGCGCAGUGGGGCGCCGGGGAGGAGGCGCGAAUGCCGGUGCUGGUGCACCAGCUGUUUGCCACUUUGGGCCGCAUCGCGCUCCACUGUCCCGGCGACGUCAGUCUGCUGCCCACGGCGGAGGGCAAGGCACGCGUCCUGCUCACCGCCUCCCACUCGGGCAGCGCGGCCGAGGAGCUGGUGGCCCUGCUGCGGCGCCUGCACACACUGCCCGCCUGGAAUCCGGUCAUCAACUCCUUCCUGGCGCAAAAGCUCUGCGUGGCCGCCGAACUGCUGGCGGAGCACUCGGUGCACUCCCUGCACUCCGUACAUGCAACGCAUGCAACGCCGCUGGACAGCGAACAGGUGUUCGUGCUGGGCGUGCUGGGUGCCAUCGGUGGCCAUGAUCUGCGUCCGCGCGUCGGUCUGCACUGCUUCCACGAGGGCGGCCACAUGGUCAUUGCCAGCUUCACACCCAAGGGGCGAUGCCUUUUGGCACCCGACGGUGGCGGUGGCGGUGGCAUGGGAACUGCAACUGCAACUGGAACGGGCAGCAUCCAUGGAUUCGUCAAGGUGCCACUGGCGGCGGUGAUGCCGCAUCUGGACCACAGCGUCUUCAGCCUUAGCCGACUGCCGAUGAACGAGAUGCUGCUGAACGCGUGGACGGUGCUGCUCUAUGGCCCGGCGCCGGAGGUGCGCGAGCAGCUGCCCACCAGUGCGGAUGGGCGUCUCGACCUGGCCCUGCUCCGCGCCCAGCAGCUCCAGAUGGCCGUGCUGCACACAAAUGGUGUGCUGUACCGCCACCAGGCCGCCCUGCGUCGCAUCCUCAAGCAGCGCGCUCCGGCGGUCAGCAUUUAUGCCUCCACCACUGAUGCGGAUGCGGCUGCUGAUCCCGAUCCCGAUCCCGAUCCGGAUCCAGACCGCAGUGAUGCGGGGGAACAGGAGCGGGAGCGAGAGAGGGAGCCAUCCACUGGCAGUGGCAGCGGCCAGGAGGCCCAGCUGCUGAUACAGUGCAUCCUAUUGAGGGCCACCCAGGCAUCGCCGGUGAAGGCCUGCUACAACUACAUGGAUCUGGCCACGGCGGCGCUCAACUGCAUCCAAUCGCUGGCCACGCAGGCGCACCAGGAGCUGAGCGAUGGCGGACUUGGGCCAGCCGAUGGCCACUCGCUCAUCCCCCAGCCCACGAUGGUGCAUGGCGUGCCCGUCUACAAUGUGGCCACGGUGGCCAAUGUGGCCAGGAAGGCGGAACAGAGACCGCCGCAGAAGCUGGAGAUGGACCCAGUGGAGGUCAAGUCGAAGUGGACCGAUGCCCAGCUGACCAACCAGAUCAUGGAGAUGGGUUUCACGCGACGCACCGUGGAGCUGGCCCUCAAGCAGCUGUCGUUGCAGGCGGAGAUCAUGCCCACGCCCGAACAGAUUGUCCAGUGGAUUCUCGAGCAUCCGGAUGUGUGUGCCAAUACCAUUGAGGAGGACACAAUGCCGCUGCCAGCCUCAUCGUCCCACGAUCCGGAGGCGGACUCGGACAACGAGUGUCCCAGCUCGAGUGCCUCGACCUCCUCCUCCUCCUCGUCCUCCUCCUCGUCGUCCUCCUCGGACACAGUGGAGGGUCAACCGGUGGCCAGUGAGGCCGCUGCUCCGCCCCAGAAGUUCCAGUCCCGCAAGGAUUUCCAAACCGCCGAUCUCUAUGCUUUGUAUGUGCGCGGACUGGUGCGUCCCGGGAUGACGGUGCGCUGCUGCCGCGACUUCGAGGAGAUCAAGCUGGGCGACAUGGGCACCGUGCUCAUCGUGGACACCGAGGGACUGCACGACCUCAACGUGCAGGUCGACUGGCGCAACCAUGGCAGCACCUACUGGGUCUGCUUCGUCCACAUCGAACUCGUUGAGCUGCCCGCCCAGUCCCAAACCCAGCCACGCCCCCCGCCCAUCGCGGUGGGUGCCAGGGUGCGUCUGCGCAGCUCCUCCCUGCGCUACGGCCUUCUAUGCCAGCUGCGUCUGGGCCGGAGUCAGGCCACUGGAGUGGUGAGAUCGGUGCAGGGCAAACAACUCACCGUCGACUUUCCGGAUCAGGAUCAGCAGCCCGCCUGGCAGGGUCACAUCAACGAGGUGGAACUGGUUGCCCCCCUACCCAUGGCCGACUCCUGUGGUGGCCAUCAGGAGCAGCAGCAGCAGCAGCAAUUGCUGGCCAGCAGUAGCAACAACAAUAGCAACAGUAGCGAUCUCAUCGAGGACUGGUCCCGCUGCAUCCGCUCGCUGACCGUCAGCUCCAAUGAGGCGGCCGCCAAGCAUCUGCUGAACGGUAGCAAUCAGCCAUGGCAGAGCUCCUCCAGCGGUCCGUGCCGCCACUGGAUACGGCUGGAGCUGCACGACCGCAUCCUGGUGCACAGUCUGGAGCUGCGCGUUAGCGCCGAGGAUCACUCGCAUAUGCCCUCGCUGCUGGAGAUACGCGUGGGCGAGUGCGUGGACAGUUUGAAGGAGUACACAUGGAUACCGGUGCCGGCGGGAGCCAGUCGGGUGGUGCUCAUGCAACAGGUGCCCACCUACUAUCCGUGGGUGGAGGUGGUGGUCAAGCAGUGCCAGAACAACGGCAUCCAGUGCAAGGUGCAUGGCCUGAAGUUCGUGGGUCGCCGCCAGCAGCCCGACAUCCAGCACAUCCUGGCCAAUGCCCAGUUCCUGGCCAGCGAGUACAGUGCGCCCGGCGGCACGGGUUCCGGAUUGGUCAGCACAUCGCUUGGCGAUCCGGACGCCGGCAUGGCCGCCGAACAGGAUCUGCCCUGCACCGUAAUGGUGUGGGGCCUCAACGACAAGGAGCAGCUGGGCGGCCUCAAGGGCUCCAAGGUGAAGGUGCCCACCUUUUCGCAGACCAUCAGUCGACUGCGACCCAUUCACAUGGCCGGCGGCUCCAAGAGCUUGUUCAUCGUCAGCCAGGAUGGCAAGGUCUACGCCUGCGGCGAGGGCACCAACGGACGCCUCGGCCUAGGGGUCACCCACAAUGUCCCGCUGCCGCACCAGCUGCCCGUGCUGCACCAGUACGUGGUGAAGAAGGUGGCCGUCCACUCCGGCGGCAAGCACGCCCUCGCCCUCACCCUCGACGGCAAGGUCUUCUCGUGGGGCGAAGGCGAGGACGGCAAACUGGGUCACGGCAACCGGACGACGCUGGACAAGCCGCGUCUCGUCGACGCGCUGCGUGCCAAGAAGAUCCGCGACGUGGCCUGCGGCUCCUCCCAUUCGGCGGCCAUCAGCAGCCAGGGUGAGCUCUACACCUGGGGCCUGGGCGAGUACGGUCGCCUGGGUCAUGGCGACAACACCACCCAGCUGAAGCCCAAACUGGUGGCAGCCCUCGCCGGCAAACGAGUAAUCCAGGUGGCCUGCGGCAGCCGGGAUGCCCAGACGUUGGCCCUCACCGAGGACGGGGCCGUCUACUCCUGGGGCGACGGUGACUUUGGCAAGCUGGGACGCGGCGGCAGCGAGGGAUCCGAUACGCCGCACGAGAUCGAGCGACUCUCCGGCAUCGGUGUGGUGCAGAUCGAGUGCGGAGCCCAGUUCAGUUUGGCCUUGACGCGCGCCGGCGAAGUGUGGACCUGGGGCAAGGGCGACUACUACCGUUUGGGCCAUGGCGGCGACCAGCAUGUACGCAAGCCGCAGCCCAUCGCCGGAUUGCGCGGCCGGCGGGUGAUCCAUGUGGCCGUCGGCGCCCUUCACUGCCUGGCCGUCACGGAUGCUGGGCAGGUGUACGCCUGGGGUGACAACGAUCAUGGCCAGCAGGGCAGCGGCAACACGUUCGUCAACAAGAAGCCCGCCCUGGUCAUCGGCCUGGAUGCGGUGUUCGUCAAUCGCGUGGCCUGCGGCAGCUCGCACUCCGUCGCCUGGGGUCUGCCCAAUGCCUCGCCGGAGGAGGAGAAACGCGGACCGGUGCCCUUUGGCAGCACCCGUGAUCCCCUGGGCGGCAGCAGCCUGGGCAUCUACGAGGCCGAGGAGGCACUGCAGCCGGGCGCCACCAAGCCGGACGGCCGUCCGCCCCUCGCCGGCAGCCUGAGUGAGAGCCUGUCCGCCCUGGAGACGCCGGCGGCCAGGCAGGCGGCCCUGGGUCAUGUGCUGCGCGCCAUGAGCAUUCUCCAGGCGCGCCAGCUGAUCGUGGCCGCCCUCACCAGUCACAGCAAGGUGAACUUCAAGGAGAGGGCAGGCGGAGCGGGAGUUGUCCAGGAGGAGGAGCCCCACACCAGUGGCUUGAAUUUGAUGGGUGGUGGAGCACUGGUACAGCAUCUGCCGGAGACCAUUGCCCAGGGCGGUGGCGAGGCGCCUGCCGAUGCCGCCGAUGCCGCUGAUGCUGCACUGCAGGAGCACAGUCCGGAUCCGGGCAUGGAGGUGCCUGCCCUAAUGACGGCCACCACCGCCCCCUUGACGGCCGGACCACUGAGCGCGUUCCAGAGCCUCACCGGAUCGCUGUCCAUGUCGGGAUCGCUGUCGAGCAGCGCCCUGCCCAAUGCGGCGCACAAGCACUCGAGGAUGUCGGCCAGCGCCAUGUCCGUGAUGGCCGCCACCAUGACGCAGCAGCAGGAGGAGAUGCUGGCCCACAUGGGUCAGCUGCAGGAGAUGCAGGAGAUGCAGGGCCAUGGCCAUGGCCACGGGCUGGAUGACUUUGGCGGACUGCUGGGCGAACCGGAGGCCAAGUCGCUGGUGGAGCUGCUCAAGCUGGCCGUCUGCGGACGCUGUGGAGCGGCGAGCACGGCGCAGACAAUCGCCGACACGCUGAUCUCGUUGGGCGCCGGGACGCCGGCCGUGGCAGCCAUGCUGCUGGAGACAUGCAUCACGGAGCUGGAGGAUCUGUGCACGUCGCGCCACUGCCUGGGCAAGCUGCCCAAGCCGGUGAUGCAGGAGAGCGGUCAUCCGUAUGUGGACAAUGUGAAUGUGACCGGCGUGGUGCGCAUCCCGGGCGCCGAAAUGUUGCGCCUCGAGUUCGACAGCCAGUGCAGCACGGAGAAGCGCAACGAUCCGCUGGUGAUCAUGGACGGCUCUGGCCGUGUCCUGGCCAUGCGCUCCGGACGAGAGUUCGCCCACUGGGCACCAGAGAUCCGGGUGCCGGGCGACGAGCUCCGCUGGAAGUUCUCCUCGGACAGCUCCGUAAAUGGCUGGGGCUGGCGCUUCUGGGUGCACGCCCUCAUGCCGGCGGCCACGCUCGGCGAGAGCGGCUCGGAUCGGGCCGUGUUGUCGCAGCCGUCGAUGGCCCUGGUCAUGUCGCUGCUCGACUCCCGCCUGGCGCCCCGCCAGACCGGUGUGCUGCUGCGUCUGGCCUCCGCUUUGGCCGCCUGCUCCCAACUGGGCGCCCUCAGCACGGCACAAAGGAUCUGGUCGCUGCGCAAGCUGCAUGCCGUGCUGCUCCUGGAGCAGGCACCCCGACCACAGGAUCCCUCACUCUCCGCCCUGCUGCAACCCCUCAUCCCUGAGCUGUUGCGGCAGUAUGAGUACGAGGAACCGCAGGUGCGUGGCGGCAUCCAUCUGAUGCACUCGGACUACUUCAAGACCCUGGCCGCUCUGGCCUGCGACAUGCAGCUGGAUGCCACGCUGCCAGUUCAGGCUUCUACCGCGGCAGCCACCUCGGCAGCCAGCACCACUGGCGAUGUGCACAAGUGGGCGUGGUUCAAGCGCUACUGCAUUGCCGUCCGGGUGGCCCAAUCCCUCAUACGCCGGACGGAACUGCCGCGUCCCUUUUGCCUGGAGGUGCGCAAGAAGUUCGCCGAGAUGUUGCCCAGUUCCACGACUUCCAAUUGCCAGGGACAGGGUCAGUCCUUGGUCCACACUGGUGGCCAGUCGCCCGGCCUGUCCAUGCUGAACUCCACCACAUCGCUUUCGUCCAGCACGGCCAGCAAUGUAUCGCCACCGCCGCAGGAGCAGCAACAGGAUCAUCACAAUCAUCAUCAUCAGCAUCAUCAGCAUCAUCAUCAUGUGGAGUGCUGCAGCAGCAACAGCAACAGCAUACUGCAGCAUGAGGAUCAUGCCCUCUUCCAGGCUCCCCACGAUGCCCAGCUGCUGCAGUGGCUCAACCGACGGCCCGACGACUGGGCAUUGAGCUGGGGCGGAGCCAGCACCAUCUACGGCUGGGGACACAACCAUCGCGGCCAACUGGGCGGCCUGGAGGGCAGCCGGAUCAAGACGCCGACGCCAUGCGAAGCGCUCAGUCUGCUGCGUCCGGUGCAGUUGGCCGGCGGUGAGCAGUCCCUGUUCGCCGUCACCCCCGAUGGCAAACUGUUCGCCACCGGUUACGGAUCCGGCGGACGACUGGGCGUGGGCGGCAGCGACAGUUGGGCCAUACCCACGCUGCUGGGCUCACUGCAGCAUGUGUUCGUGAAGAAAGUGGCCGUGAACUCCGGCGGCAAGCAUUGCCUGGCGCUGACCACCGAGGGCGAGGUGUACGCGUGGGGCGAGGGCGAGGAUGGGAAGCUGGGACACGGCAACCGGAUGAGCUACGAUCGUCCCAAGCUGCUGGAGCACCUGAACGGCAUGAGUGUGGCGGACAUUGCGUGCGGCAGUGCCCAUUCGGCGGCGAUCACGGCCAGCGGACAUGUGCUCACCUGGGGCAAGGGACGCUACGGACGGCUGGGACACGGCGACUCCGAGGAUCAGCUGAGGCCCAAGCUGGUGGAGGCACUGCUGGGCUAUCGGGCCAUCGACAUUGCCUGCGGAUCCGGCGACGCGCAGACGUUGUGCAUCACGGACGACGACAAUGUGUGGAGCUGGGGCGAUGGCGACUACGGGAAGCUGGGACGCGGCGGCAGCGAUGGCUGCAAGCUGCCCUACAAGAUCGAGAGUCUGGCCGGUUUGGGCGUGGUCAAGGUGGAGUGCGGUUCGCAGUUCUCGGUGGCGCUCACCAAGUCGGGGGCGGUGUACACCUGGGGCAAGGGUGACUUCCAUCGGCUGGGCCACGGCUCCGUCGACCAUGUGCGACGGCCCAAGAAGGUGGCCGCACUGCAGGGCAAGAAGAUCAUCUCGAUAGCCACCGGUUCGCUGCACUGCGUCGCCUGUAGCGAUGCCGGCGAGGUCUACACGUGGGGCGACAACGAUGAGGGGCAGCUGGGCGAUGGCACCGUGACGGCCAUCCAGCGGCCACGGCUCGUCUCCGCCCUCCAGGGCAAGCACAUUGUGAAGGUCACCUGCGGAUCGGCGCACACUCUGGCCCUGUCCACGUCGCAGCUGAGCGAGCGACUGCGUCCACUGCCCAAUCCGCCGCUGGAGUACGACCUGGUGCGGGAUUUAGCGCCCGAGGCGCUGCAUGCCCGCCUCAUCCUGCUGCAUCACUUCUCGGAGCUGGUCUGUCCCUGCCUGGCCAUGCUGCCCAUUGCCGGCGAUUUGAGUCUGGGCGCACUGAAGGACGUGCUCGUGUACAACAUCAAGGAGGCGGCCUUCCGUAAGGUCAUCCAGACGACGAUGGUGCGCGACAAGCAGCACGGACCUGUGAUCGAGCUGAACCGCAUCCAGGUGAAGCGGUCGCGUAGCCGCUGCAACGGACUGGCCGGCGUCGAUGGGAUGAAGAGCGUCUUCGGGCAGAUGGUGCAGAAGCUGCCGCUGCUCACCCAGGAGGCACUGGCUCUGCCGCAUCGCGUGUGGAAGGUGAAGUUUGUGGGCGAGAGCGUGGACGACUGCGGCGGCGGCUACAGCGAGUCCAUCGCCGAGAUGUGCGAUGAGCUGCAGAACGGCAGUGUGCCGCUGCUGAUCAACACGCCCAACGGACGCGGCGAGGCGGGCGCCAACCGCGACUGCUUCCUGCUCGAUCCCACCCUCUGCUCCGUGCUCCAGAUGAACAUGUUCCGCUUCCUGGGCGUGCUCAUGGGCAUCGCCGUGCGCACCGGAUCGCCGCUGAGCAUCAACUUGGCCGAGCCCGUCUGGAGGCAGCUGACCGGCGAGGUGCUGCGACCCACCGAUCUCACCGAGGUGGACCGCGACUACGUGGCCGGACUGCUCUGCAUCCGCAACAUGGACGACGACACGAAGCUGUUCAGCGCGCUGGAGCUGCCGUUCUCGACCUCCUCGGCCCGCGGACACGAGGUGCCGCUGUCCACGCGCUACACGCACAUCUCGCCCAGAAACCGGGCCGAGUACGUCCGCCUGGCCCUUGGAUUCCGGCUGCACGAGUUCGACGAGCAGGUGAAGGCGGUGCGGGACGGCAUGUCCAAGGUGAUCCCGGUGCCGCUGCUCUCGCUCUUCUCCGCCGCCGAGCUGCAGGCGAUGGUCUGCGGCUCGCCGGACAUCCCGCUGGGCCUGCUCAAGUCCGUCGCUACCUACAAGGGCUUCGACCCGAGCUCGGCCCUGGUCACCUGGUUCUGGGAGGUGAUGGAGGAGUUUACCAACCAGGAGCGCUCACUGUUCCUGCGCUUCGUCUGGGGCCGCACCCGCUUGCCACGCACCAUUGCCGACUUCCGAGGACGCGACUUCGUGCUUCAGGUGCUCGAGAAGAAUCCGCCCGACCACUUCCUGCCCGAGAGCUACACCUGCUUCUUUCUGCUCAAGAUGCCCCGCUACUCGUGCAAGGCCGUGCUGCUGGAGAAGCUCAAGUAUGCCAUCCACUUCUGCAAGAGCAUCGACACGGACGAGUACGCACGCGUGGCCAUGGGCGAACCCACCGAGGCGACCGGCAGCGAGGACAACAGCGAUCUGGAGUCGGUGGCCAGCCAUGAGGGCUGAAUUUGAAUCACAACCGGAGUCAGUACCAGAGCCAGUACCAGAAGCACUGUCCAACCAGCCCAAACUGACCCAAACUGAACAAGCUGAACAAGCGAAUACCCGAACAAAUACAGCAAAGGAUCGGGGCGGGGAUCGAAUGAAUCUCCCAGCUGAUCCUUAUGAUCCUCACCACUAGGACACACGAAGCCUUCAAGUUAAACCCACAAACGCCACACGUACACAUAUAUACACGUAUAAACAUAUAUUUUAAAUUAGCACUUGAAUCUGAGCAAGACGACGAAUCGAGCGAAAGAGACGGCAUCUAAAAGAGAGAGAGAGAGAAAGGAAUAACGAUCGUACGAUCGCGUAAUGAAACCAAAAAGCAAAGCGUUAAAGUUAUUUCCAUAUUAUAUUAUAUAUAUAUAUAUAUAUACAUAUAAAUUUAAAUAUAAAUGUUAGUUGAAGUCCACUCAUAAUUAUACACAAGGCUUAAACGUUAGACGCAAUCCAAUCCAAUCCAAACAAUCCAUUCCCAUAUACCCCAAAUCCGAAUCCAAAUCCAGCCCAAAACAGUUAAUAAGCUAAUUGAUAUUGAUAACCCCGAAAAACACAAAAGGGCUAAUGAUAAAUUAUUCAAAAGUUGGAUGCGCCCACAAGGCGCCGCAAAGAAAAACUCUAUCUGAACUAAACUAAACUGAAGCUAAAUAAAAUAUUAUAA